CCCCCCCCCCUGACGUCACGUCCGGGAACACAGCGGGAGGAGCAAUGGCGAUGGCGCCGGGAACGAAGCUCGGAGGGGAGCGAACCCGGGGGUGAUCGGGGCGACCCCCGGGGUGGGGGAGCGACCCUGCCCGACCCUGCCCGACCCAGCCAGGGAAGACGCUCGGUGCCCGGCCCAGUCGCGUCCAGAGGAGAGGUGACCUCGAGCUUGAGGAGAGCCCGGUUAGCAGGAGGGGAGGAGGUCCACACGGAGCUUUGUCCGGUGGUCGAGGGGUGACGAGACCUCUCCCACGACAGAAGGCGACCAGCCGGGCUCCUCCAGUCUAAGGGGACCCGGUCUAGGGAGAGAAGAAGGGGGGCCCUCGGUUCAAGGGGGACCCGGCGCAGGCGGAGUAGGGAUUCUGGAGUUAAGGGGACCCGGUCUGGGAGGAUAAGGGACGCGGGGGUGAAAGCCACCGCGGCGUGUCCAGUCCUGGGCUGAGUGGGGGGUGUCUGGUCUUAAGGUUCGAGGGACCGGGACUCGGUUCCCGAUCGCCUCCCCCCACCACCAGUGCGCCGGGACGAUGCUGCCCUCCACGGGAUACUUCCGGAGCCUCGACUGCCCCUUCUACGCCGAGGCGCGAUGCCAAAGGCCGCACUGCCACUUCAAGCACCCGAGGUCGGCGCGAAACAAAGCGGGCAGCGAGCGACGAGCUGCGGAAGUUCCAGGAUCAAAAACUGAAUCAAAAGACGAUGCGUAUGACCCGAGCCACCCCGGCCUCCUGGAGAAGCUUCCGGCUCGGAAUGUCGUGGCGACCCAAGCCGAUGACCUGGAGGCGGUCACGCGCGCCAUCGAGGCCGUCAAGAAUGCCAUGGAGCAGGAGAAACAAAAGUUGUCGCGCUGCUUGCAGGACAGAAAGCUGACCUAUGCCGCUCACUCAAGCACGGUGGACGAGUAUGAUCCCACAGCCGUGGGCCCAGAACUCUUGCGUGGAAACGUUUUUGGCCCCAAGCAUGUGGGUUUCACCGCCGGGAGCGACUUGCUGAAGAAUAACGAGGUUUCCUUUCGUUCGGCUGCUCUGGAGUACGAUCCCGCGGAUUUUUCGCUGUCAAAGACCGUGGAAUAUAACCCCACGCCAAUCACCGCCAAGGGCCGAACGAAGUACACGUUGGACAGCCCGAGAGAUGAAGACCCCAGCCAUUAUGUGCCCAAGGUGGUUGCCUGCACCCAGCAGGUUGCCCCGUCAAACAAGUACGUGGUCGAUAUCAAAAAACCCACCAGCAACAUGGAGUAUGACCCGCUGAUGAAUUUCACCUCCAUGUUCACUCCGGAGAAAGAGAGCGACUCCAAGCAGCAGAAGAAGAGACAUCGGUCGUCUGACAGCCGCGCGGCUGACACAGUCUCUUAUGAGCCUUCGCCUAAAGAUGCACGUGUCGCGACCCCGGCCAGUAACGGCAUGGGGGACAAUUCCCCCUUCGGCGCCGCACCAGUGGAGGGGCCUCCAUGUCAGUUUAGUGACGAGGAUGACAAUGAUGGUGAUGAUGACGGUGCUGCCGUGGUCGCUGACGACAAUGGGGAUUCCAGCAGCAAUAAGGAGGUUCCGCAGUCGGGUGUUGUCCGAAAGGUCAAGGUGAAGAAGCGAGCGGAGCCGGUGUUGAGGGAAAUCGCCGUGCAGUGCGGGAUCGGGGGGCUCAGCAGGGGAGAUGACGACAAUUCAGGAAAAGUACAGGAGAAGGAAAACCAUUCCAGGUUAAAAGCUGAUCGGAAGAUAAAAGAUAAGAGCCCUCUUGAAAAACAAACCAGCUCUGGUAGCUCCAAGUUGACUGAUAAGAUAAAAGUAAGUUCUAAAUUAGAAAAAAAUCCCGGAUUGAGUAAAGGGGCGGAAGUAGAAAAGAGUAGGUCUUUAAAAACUAAAGAGAUUAAGAUUUCCUCAAAGGACAAAUCAUGUAGCAGUUCCAAAGGCGAUAAGGAUAAGGGUUCAAACAACAAAAGCGACAAGCACAAAAACUCUGAGAGCGCUCAUAGCUCGAGUAAUAGCACAGUGAGAACAGAAAAAAACAAAGCUUCCAAGGGUGACACAAACGAUAAAAAAAGUGAAACCGUUCACGCAACUAAAGCAAAGGAUGAUGAUAAACAUAAACACUCCAGCAAAGACAGAAAGCCUCAUUUAAAAAGCAGAGACAAGAAGGAAAGGAAAAGCAGUAGCUCGGAAAAGGAAGGUAGGAGCCAUGACAACCAACGCCAGGGCAAAGACUCUGCACUGAAGCCACACAAGGAUGGCGGUGGCACAGAGAGAGGUCACAAAGCCAGCAAAAAGAGAAAGGACGGAAAUAAAGAAGAUAAACCCGCCGUAAAUUUGCCCACGCGUAAUCCUGCCAAGGAGAAGCGAAAUAAAAUCACUCAGAAAGACCUGUUUGGAGAUGACAGCGAGGACGAAGAUCAGAGCGUGGCCUCUGUUUCCACUGCGAGUUUGGUGUCCAAGUCGUUAAAACGUCCCCUGCCGAGCAGCAGCGGCAGCAUUGGGGGUCAUCUCAAGCGGCCAAAACUCACCUCACCGAUCCGCGGUGUCGAGAGUGACAUUGACGACAGCGAUGGUGGUGACGGCGACGACAAUGACGACGAUGAUGAUGAUGAUGAAAUUGAUUAUGCCGCCAUUGCGUCGGAGAUGGACUUUGAGGAGUCUGAUCCGAUGGAGGAGUGCCUGCGCAUAUUUAACGAAUCAACAGAGAUUAAGAAGGAAGACAAGGGACGGCGACGGCCCAGCCUUGGUCAAGAAAACGUGGAGGAGGGCAGCUCCGGGGUGACCCCAGUCGUACCGCUUCUGAAGAAAAGGGUUGCUCACACCUCCAAGUUUGAGACGGCCAAGCCCGGGCAGGCGGUUAUCCGGCCCUACCGCCCCACGGCGCAGCAGGUCUGCCAAGCGCGGCUCCUGCAGGCGCAGCAGCGGUCCCUGACCGCGGCCCCGGCGCCGGCGAGCCUCCCUCUUGCCGCUUCGCCCGCCACCGCGGCACGGCCUGCCGCCUCGCCGUCCACCUCCCCCUUCGGAGGGAAGCGCCGCGUCGCGCACGGCCUGUUCACGACGUCGCUGGCCGCCGGUGCGCGCGGUGCCGUCUCGGUGAACGCGUCGGCCGGGAGACAAGCGGGGACUGCUGGCGCCCUCACGCCGCGCCAAGUGGACGCCACCUCGCCCGCGCACACGCCUGCCACGAUGAUGUGCAAGACCACCGUGGUGCCACAGAGAAGAAUGGCGCACACCCCCAACCCCAGCAACCCGGCGAUGAAGCGGCCGCUGAUCAUGGCGGACAGGAACUGCAAGGUGCCGCUGGCCGUAAGGCAGCGCUACCUGAACGUCUUCAUCGACGAGUGCCUCAAAUUCUGCUCUUCCGAGCAGGAGGCCUUCGACAGGGCGCUGGCAGAGGAGAAGGUGGCGAUGGAGCGGAGCUCGAGCAAGGCCAUCUACGUGAACGUGGCCGUCAACGUCCUCAAGAAGCUGCGCAGCCAGGGCAACCCGAGCCCUGCCCGCGCCCCCGCCAUGUCGCUGAGCCGACGGCCACUGUCCCACGAGGCUGUUCUAGGUGGGAAGAUGGCAGCCAAGGCCAGCUUCACCAUGAACCUGUACGGCAAGGGGCAGCCACUGGAGAGCCACCUGGACGAGAAGUCACUGUUCCAGCGGCUGAGCGCGUACUUGCUGACGGAGGAGCAGCUCCGGGAGAAUGGAUACCCCCGGCCUGACCCGGAGCGCUGCAGUCGAGCCAUCCUCUUUACUGCCGACACCAAGACGGCCAACAAAGACCCCCUGAUGAGGAUCUGCUGCCGUUGUGGGACCUCCUACUCCGUGAACCUCAAGGGCGACUACCUGAGGCGGGAGGAGUGCACCUACCACUACGGCCGGGCAUGGCGGCAGCGCGUGUCGGGCGGAUGGGAGACGCGCUACAACUGCUGCCAGGGUAGCGUGGGCUCGUCAGGAUGCCAGGUCGCCAAGUGCCACGUGUUUGACGGGCGCAAGGAGAGCCUGGACGGCUUUGUGUGCACCAUCGCCAAGUCGCCGGUGCCUGACAGGAUCCCCGGCGUCUACGCGCUCGACUGCGAGAUGUGCUACACUAAGCAGGGCCUGGAGCUGACGCGCGUCACGGUGGUGGACUGGCAGCUCAAGCCCGUCUACGAUACCUUCGUGUUGCCCGACAGCGAGGUGGUCGAUUAUAACACCAGGUUUUCAGGCGUCACGGAGGAAGAUCUCCGGGACACGACCACGACCAUCCGCACCGUGCAGGCCGCGCUGCUCAGCCGGCUGAGCGCCGACUCCAUCCUGCUCGGGCACAGCCUCGAGAGCGACCUCUUCGCCCUCAAGAUUAUCCACAGCACAGUGGUAGACACGGCCGUAGUGUUCCCACACCGGAUGGGUUCUCCCUACAAGCGCGCGCUACGCACGCUCAUGGCCGAGCAUCUCCAGCGCAUUAUACAAAACGACGUGGGAGGUCACAACUCCACCGAGGAUGCCGCCUCUUGCAUGGAACUGAUGAUAUACAAGAUCAAGGAAGACGCCAAAGUAAAAAAAUAAUCUUAGAGCAACUGCCUCUGCCUCCGUCCUGGCUGCAUCAUUCCAUGACUGAUGGCUCUCACCCUCUACACCAUCCGAUCGUCGAUCGAAGAUGGGAGCAAGGCUCAAUUUCUCUCCGAAUAUUUUCCAGGUCGCUCGUCUACUGGAGUAGGUGGCACGUGACUAGGAGCCGUAGCCAUAGCAAGAGGUAUAGUGGAUGCGGUGUGUCGGGUGUGGAAAUAUAUUCCGUGUCGCCAACUCGCAGUCAAGCCCUGGGUAGGUGGUGGAGCACCAGCUCCGUGCAUCGAAGGGGGAUGGCGUUGCUGGCACGGUCGGCGUGGCAUACGGAGGUGACCCUGCGCCAAGCCUAGGGGGACUGGCUCUGCUUCCAGAGGGGCUCUCCCGAUACUUGAAUGGAAUUCCCGUGGAAUCGGAGAUUUCGUGGGCAUCGCUGACCAAAAGCAAUGGAGUUGUGCUGCUCUGCUUGGAAACGGUGCAUGGUCACAACAGCCGCCUGCUGCCAUCACCUUACCAGGUGCUGACAUGCACACGACCCUUCACUCUGCGAGCACAGAGCCUGAAGAGACAGGAUUUUUACGGACUCGUAUGUCAUUAAUGCACUCUUCACAUGGUGCUCUUAGGGAACCGUUGUGCACGUAAGUUACCACGAAGCUUUUUUUUUGUUCUAAAAAACCUGCUCCGAAUAUGUAUAUCUUUUUCCAAGGGUGAGGAAGAUUAAAUACUUAGGAUGUCUCAGUAUUCUUGUAAUUCGCUGGACGGUGGCUGCUAUGCUAGAUGUGUGAGUGAGGAAGGCACCUUCUCAACGUUCCGAGGGACUUUUCACUGCUUGUUUUAGUUUGUCAUUUGUCACGUGAAUAUGUAAAUGCCACUAACGGCACAACCGUGCUGUGUUGGGAGUCUACAGUAAAACUAAUUUCAGUUUUGCUUAUAAAACGAUGCUCAUGUAAUACAUGUCUGUAAAUAAAGUGAAGUGGCAACGUUAAA